UUACACAGUGAAUUUAUAAUGAAUAUUACCAUCUUGUCUGAGUAGACCAUCCACAGAGAAACGAGGAGGACCAGAGGGGUCUGAAACCUCCACCCAUGGAACUGACAUUACAUUUUGUCUCAACACAACACAAUCAGCACUCUUCUCUGCAGAGACAUUUGUGAACCACAAUGACGGCGAGGGACCUCCUGGACAUUCUGGACGACCUGGGGGAGGAGGAGUAUGAGCGUUUCCGAUGGUGUCUGCUGCAAGUGCAGAGUUCAAAGGGUGUCAUCAGGAAAGGUCAGCUUGAGAAGGCCAAAAAAUGUGAAACAGUGGAUCUGCUGAUACAGACAUAUGAACUUCCUGAAGCAGUGGAAGUGACCAAGCAGUUGUUGAAGGAUAUUCCCAGGAAUGACCUGGUGCAGCGCCUGUCUGCCACAAGUCCACAAACAAAAGUGUCUCUCUCAGUGGGUGACGCCGAUGUUGGAGAGACAGUGAAGAAGAGGUUUUCUGAACUUCUUCGGCCCAAGACUCCUACACCUUCUCCCAGACCAUCUCCUAAAUCUUCAGCACCUUCUUCUCCCACUUCUCCCACAGCUCUUUCUCCGACUUCUCCUACAACAGAUUCUCCUCCCAUUUCUUCUGCUGUCCUUCCUUCUCCUCAACUUUCCCCUGACUUCUGCGAGACUAAAGAUCUGAUGGUUCCAGUACCAGAGCCACAAUCCAUCACUUAUUACAAACAAAUGCUUCAGUCAAACCUCCAUGACAGGUUUAUGUGUGCACAAGAAGGAUGGACUGAUAAGAAAGAUGAGCAAUGUCUGCAUGAUGUUUUCAUGGAGCUAUAUGUCACAACUGGAGGCGAUGUCCACAUCAACUCACAGCAUGAGGUCAGAGAGAUUGAAACAGCUGAAAACUUUGAAGGAACAGAGAAGUCAGUUAACCUCUCAAACAUUUUCACCCCCCCUUCUGAGAAAUACAAACCGAUCCGAAAUCUGGUGACCAGUGGAGUCGCUGGAAUUGGCAAAACCUUCUUCGUGCACAAGUUUAUCCUGGAUUGGACAGAUGGAAAAGCCAAUCAGGACAUACAUCUCCUGUUCCCUUUCAACUUCCGUCAACUCAACUCACUGAAGGGACUGAAGUUUAGUUUGGCAGAGCUCAUUCAUGAAUGCAUCCCAGAAUCCAAAGACAUCACAAAGGAGGCACUGAAUUACAUCUUCACAACUCUAGAUGCAUCAGGAAACACCAACUAUGACAGAAGUGGGUUCAAACUUCUGUUUGUCUUAGAUGGACUGGAUGAGUGUCACCUUAACCUGAAUCUCAAAGCCAUGGAUACUCUCCCUUUCGAUCUAACUAAGCCAACUAAAUCAGAUGUCAUGCUGAGGAAACUCAUCAACAGGAAACUGCUACGCUCAGCUCGCAUCUGGGUAACCACACGACCUGCAGCGUCAAAUCAGAUCCCACGAGAUUUAAUUGACAGAAUGACAGAGGUCAGAGGGUUCAAUGAUCAACAGAAGGAAGACUACUUCAAGAAGAGAUUCAGAGAUGAGAAUCAGGCUAGGGCAAUCUUCUCCCACAUCAAAGCCUCCCGAAGCAUUCACAUCAUGUGCCACAUCCCAGUCUUCUGCUGGAUCAUUGCUAUAGUUCUGGAGGAUGUGCUGAAGACCAGCAAGGAUGGAGAGUUGCCCAAGACCCUGACUGAGAUGUACACAGAGUUCCUGGUCUUUCAGAUUGUUCACAUGAAAGGGAAGUAUGGUCCAGAAAGAUGCAUGCUGUACAUACAGGCAUUAGCCAAACUGGCCUUUGAGCAGCUGGAAAAAAGCAAACUGAUCUUCUAUGAAAAAGAUCUAAAAGGGAUUGGCAUUGACGUCAGUGAAGUCUCAGUGUACUCAGGAGUCUUCACCGAGGUCUUUAAAGAGGAGCGUGGAAGAAAGAAGGAUGAAGUCAGGAUGUUCAGCUUCGUUCAUGCAAGUGUACAGGAGUUUCUGGCUGCAGUUCAUGUAAGGAUGUCACUAGUUUUACGCAACAAAAAUGUGAUGUCCAUGCGACACAUUAGAUUCCAGUUCUUGCAACAGUUUGCCAAAAAAACAUCCACAACAAAGAUUCACAAGAUCGCAAUCGACAAGACCUUGCAGAGUCCAAAUGGACAUCUAGACCUGUUCCUUCGUUUCCUCUUGGGUCUUUCACUGCAAAACAAUAAUGAUAAACUACAGAUGCUGCUGCAGAAGAGAGGAAGUAGCCUCCAACCCCACCAGUUUCUUCUGCAACAUCUGUUGACAGAUACAGAAGAUGGCUCAGAGACAAAUGAGGAAACAAUCAAGUACAUAAAGAAAAAAAUUGGCGAGAAUCUGUCAGCAGAGAAAAGCAUCAAUCUGUUCCACUGCCUGAAUGAGCUGAAUGAUCGCUCUCUGGUGGAGGACAUCCAACAGUACCUGAGUUCAGACAGCCUCAACACUGACCAGCUGACUCCUGCUCAGUGGUCAGCUCUGGUCUUCAUCUUACUGACAUCAGAAGAAGAUCUGGACGUGUUUGAGCUGAAGAAGUUCUCAGCCAAAGAGGAGGCUUUUCUGAAGUUGCUGCCAGUGGUCAAAGCCUCCAAAAAAGCUCUGCUGGGAUGCUGUGCUCUGGCACAGAGAAGCUGUAAAGCUUUGUCCUCAGUUCUCAUUUGCCAGAGUUGUUCUCUGAGAGAACUUGACUUGAGUGGCAACGAGCUGCAGGAUUCAGGAGUCAAAGAAUUAUGCUCUGGGCUGGAGAGUCCACACUGCAAACUUGAGAAUAUCAUGUUAAAUUGCUGUAAGCUCUCUGACAGAAGCUGUAAAGUUUUGGCGGGAGUUAUCAACUCCAGGUCUUCUGGUCUGAGAAGUCUUGACCUGAGUUACAACAACCUGCAAGAUUCAGGAGUAAAGUGCUUGUCUUCUGCACUGAAGAGUCCAAAAUGUUCACUGGAAACUCUAAGCCUGAGUGGCUGCCAUUUGUCAGACAGAAGUGGUGAAAUUCUGUCCUCAGUCCUGAGCUCUGAGACCUCCAGUCUGUUAAAGCUCAGCCUGAGUAACAACCGUUUGCAAGAUUCCGGAUUGAAGUCACUGUUGGCUGGAUUGCAGGAUCCAAACUGCAUCCUAAAAACUCUCAGCUUAUCUGAUUGUCUCCUCACAAGAGAAGGCUUCACUGCUCUGGCUUCAGCUCUUAAGUCCAAUCCCUCCAAUAUCAGAGAGUUAGAUCUGAGUUACAACCAUCCAGAACAGUCUGGAAUAAAGGAGUUGUCUGCAGCCUUGGAGAAUCCACAGUGCAGACUAGACAUUCUCAGGCUGAGUGGCUGUUAUCUGUCAGAGUCCUACUGUGAAGCUCUGUCGACCAUUCUCAGCUCCCAGUCCUCCAGCCUCAGGGAACUUGACCUAAGUUACAAUGACCUGCAAGAUUCAGGAGUGAAACUGCUUUCAACUCCACUGGGAAGUCCAAACUGUAAACUGAAAAUUCUCAGGCUUUGUGGCACUAAUUUGUUUCGGAAGAGUUGCAAGGCUUUGUCCUCCGUUCUCAGCUGCCAUUCAUCAAGUCUCACAGAGAUUGACCUGAGCAAUAAUGACCUCCAGGACUCAGGAGUGAAAUUAUUGUCUGAAGGCCUCAGGAGUCCACACUGUAAACUGGAAAUUCUAAGACUGUCAGGCUGUCAGAUCACAGAGGAAGGCUGUGUUGCUGUGGUCUCGGCUCUGAAAUCCCAAUCCCGCAAUCUGAGGGAGGUCGAUCUCAGUUACAACCAUCCCGGAGAAUCUGAGGUGAAGCUGCUCUCAGCCAUUGGUGCCCCCCUCAGGAUGGACAAUGGUGGACAGCAGAGGCUCACCCGUGGGCUGAAAAAGUAUACCUGUGAACUCACGCUGGACACCAACACGAUGAACAAACACCUUGAAGUGUUGGACAACAACAAGAAGGUGAAAUGGGCUGAUGGGAAGCAGACGUGUCCGGAUCAUCCAGACAGAUUUGACCACUGUAAACAGAUUCUUUGCACUGACGGGGUGACUGGUCGCUGUUACUGGGAGGUGGAGUGGGAAGGGGAGGUCGAAAUAGCUGUGGCAUACAGUGUCUUGAGAAGGAAAGGGAACAGUGCCGACUGCAAACUGGGUGAGAAUAAUCACUCAUGGAGUCUGAGCUGCUCUGGUGAACAUUACACAUUAUGCCACAACAACGUAAAGACAGACAGAAUGUCCUUCUUAUCCGUCUGUAACAAAGUGGCAGUGUAUGUGGACUGUCCUGCUGGCACUCUGUCCUUCUACAGAGCCAAUUCAGACCCUCUGGUCCAUCUUUACACUUUCAGGACCACAUUCACAGGACCCCUCUACCCGGCGUUUGGCCUCAAGCCUCAAUCCACACUGGUUCUGUGUUGACCCCAGACCCACAGGGAGUCCACAUACACCAAGGCCAUGGGUUAAACCAUAACACUUUGAUGGAGGCUUUUGUCGGUUGUGUUAACUUUAGUAUAACUGCCUCCGUCAUAAAGAGGAUGAAAAUACAAUAACAACAAAUCCACUUAUACCACUUGAAAGGCCCAUCUACGUUCACUUUACAAAUGUAAAGAGGUACGUCCAUUUCCAACAUGGUCAGUCAUCACUGCCUUUGUUCUUCCAUGCGUCUAUUGCAUUGGAAUGUGUGUUUAGCGAUCAAUCCACCAGAGGGCACUGCUCUGAAUUAGCAUAUUGGCCAAAUACCAAAAAUAAGAGUAGAGUUUUUUAGAGAAAAAGAAGACUUAACCAAUAAUUGCAAACAUGGUGAUGACAGAGGAGGUAUUACUAAUAUUGAUAUUGAAAAGGGUUAGGUAGUCACUAACUCACAGACUUGAUUUUUGAAAAUGUCUGCCCUUUUUUGGAAAUUAUUCUCUUCAAAUCUCAACACUGUCCCCACAGUUCUGGUGGUACUGCUCCAUAUUCUGUUUGGGUUUGCAUCCACAACCUUCCAGAGGACAGACAGAAGUACAGACUAUGAACGCUCUUUCCGUAUACAUAUGAGUAUUUAAUAUAGAGCAUAACUGGGCCUUUAGUAGUUAUCUUUAUUAGGGUUGGGGUAACCAGGUGUCAGUACAUAUGGGUAUCGCUGCAUGCAAAAGGUUAACAUGGUACUUCAGUUGCUUAAGGGAAAUACAGGAAGUUAUACUUGAACCCACCAUUGUUUACAUGGUAAUGGAUGCUGUCAGUCAGUCUGCAUCAAUAGUUAUUAUAAUCAUAUCAUAAUAAUUUCUUUCCAGUUUGAAAGCUCUGAGUUAUAGUUGAAGAAACCAGGUGGUUGUGAUUUUAAAUUAUUUGUAAAAAAGGAACAACAUUCUUCAAAGUACAAAAAUAAUUAAAUCAAUAUAAAAUUAAUAAGAUGAAAAACAUAACGUGCGCCAAACUUGAGAACCCUUGGCCUGACUUAUCAGGUGCACUACUGCCACCCAGUGGCUUGACUUAUCAGUGCAUGCCAAAGUUUUUGAACAGAUGGAUGAACGACCCACUGAUGAAAAUAACCUGUGGCCAGUGUGGCCAAGGGUAAUUAUGUAAAACAUUUAAUCAAGAUACAUUGAGUGUAAUAAUAUGAAAAUUGUGUAAAAGACAUAAUUCAACAAAACAAGAUGAAAACAACAUAAUAUAGAUGCAACAAGUGAAACACAACAUAAAACACACUGUAGUCUGUUUUUUACCUGAUUGCAUAUACAACAUGUACAAAAUGAACCUUAAAGUCAAAAGACAUAUGUAUCAGGAUCGAUCACAAUAUAAAAAUACAACACAAUGGUAAUGGUAAUUAUAGUUUUAUUGGUCAGGACAUGAAAAUAUAGUCCUUGGUUUAUAUAGAUAUUUAUACACACACACACACACACUCAUAUAUAUAUAUAUGUAUGUAUGUGUGUAUGUAUAUAUAUAUAUAUAUAUAUAUAUAUAUAUAUAUAUAUAUAUAUAUAUAUAUAUAUAUAUAAAUACCCCCACCUGCCCAUAGGGUGGGGUAUAUAGUAAUUCCAGGAAUUCUGUCUGUCUUUCCGUCCAUCCGAGAUCUUUGUCCAACCGAUUUCUCAAAGACUAUUCACCUGAUUCUUUUUAAACUGACACACAUUUUCUUUAUCACCACAAGAGGGGCAGUGACAAGUUUAACUGCAGAAUUUCUUAAUGACUUCAUUUUUGAAAUUUUUUUAUUUUUUAUUUUUUUACAAAUUUUUUUGAAAAGACUGAAAGUUAACACUUGGGCAAAAUAAUGCUUGUCUUGGUUUGAUUGAAGUAUCCAAAAAAGGACAGUAAUUGGGUUCAAUCUCAUUUACAAUUAGUUUAAAAUUCACCAUUGAUCAGUGACUAGACAGGGCAUCAGUGAGCAGGAGGGGCAGGAGUAUUAAUACGCUCUGCCUACUUUUUCAUUUGUAUUCUGUACAGUUACUAUAUGUAUGUUCUUUAGAGUUCAUGUGCUAUAUAUGCUGGAUUUUUACUUCUCAUUUUCAUACUUGUAGAACAUUAGCUGAAGCAAAAUAAAACAAAAUGAGAAAAAAGACUAUUUUAACUUGAUGGUUUUUUGUAAAUUAACCAUGGAGUUCAUCAAACUGGAAUUACUUUGACAAUGCAUGGUAUUACUUUAUAAAUGGGCUUGUUAUUUUGCAGGAAGCAUCAGUCAUGUAUGUUAGACCAAAAAAUGUCACUGAAAAUAGACUUUGUGUAUACAUAUAAAUACAUAUUGCUUGGGCUGCUUGAAAUGGGUCUAUAUUUUUAUUUCUGUGAGUAGGUUGGUUUAUUUUAUAUCCAAAUCAAAAACUAGGCGAUAAUUACAAGUUUGGUCUUGACUUAAACAAUAACAUAAGAGAAUAAAAAAUUAUAUCGAUGAACAUAAGGAGUCUCAUAUAACACAUUUACAGUUAAGUAGGAGUAUAUAAGUUUUUAAUUCUUCCUGCUCUUUUUUGAGCAUGAAUGAUUUCAUUUCAUUUAUUUUAUUUUAUUUUUUUCUUUCAUUUACUUAACCUUUUAUG